AAACAUUCCUUGGAGUGGACACACUGGCCGCACGGCUUUUCACAUUGUCAUUUUCCAGGAGCUAGGCGUUGAAAAUUUGUUAAAAAUGUCCCAAUCAAAGGUUCCUCAUAUUGUGGGCGAUGAUGAUGAAUAUCAAGAAGCUACUGCUCCCGAAAGUGACGAGAUUACCUGCGAGUCUUCUGUGGAAAGUGAUCAAGAUGAUGACUGUUCCAACGAAGAUGAUAUGGAUUUGGAUGGGGCAGACUGGUCCCCAUAUGUCACUUAUGAGGCGGGUACACCAAGACGUCCCCACAGUGCUUUGGAGAUUACCGAAAUUACCGAGUUUCCGAAAAUUCCAAAGAAAAACCCCACCUCACCCGAACUGGUGAUACAGAAGCCAGAGACUCCGGAUCAAAACGACUCGGGAUCUCAGGAGCGUCUCACCUUCUCUCGCGCCAAUAAUGCGCUAUCAGAGUCCAUUGGAGCUCGCGUUUCCCAACGUAGCAGGGGCAACUUGGAACCAUUCAUCCGUAGAAUGGCACGUAGCCCUACGCCCGAGGCCUCAGAGGAAAACGGCUCGGUAUCACAAGGUCAGCUGCUGGCCAAGCCCGUGGAUGUCACCGAGUUCUUUCACCGCAUUGCUGUGGGUCUCGUCGAGCAGCGCGUCUGCUUGAAGCCUUUCUUGGCAUUGCGCAAACAUAUUGCUCAACUGGUGGGUCAGACUUUGAAGAAAUCCAAGAGGAUGCGCCGUUAAUCCAUUUAACAUCCAAUGUUACAACAUCCAUGUAAUAAGUAUCCUAUAAUAUCCAAUAAAUAAUAUAUUGCGUUC